AAAAAAAAAGGGAAAAAUACUUGAUUGUAUAUAGCAAUCAUGGCCUCUGAAAAGUCUUUAGAGGAUAUUAAAAAUGAGCAAGUUGAUCUUGAAAACAUCCCUAUUGAUGAGGUGUUUGUACAGCUAAAAUGUACCAGGGAAGGUUUGACAGAUGAUGAGGGGGCAAAAAGGCUUGAAAUUUUUGGCCCCAAUAAGCUUGAGGAGAAAAAGGAAAGCAAGGUUCUCAAGUUUUUGGGCUUCAUGUGGAAUCCUCUCUCAUGGGUUAUGGAAUGUGCUGCCAUCAUGGCCAUUGUUCUUGCAAAUGGAGGGGGCAAGCCUCCGGAUUGGCAAGAUUUCGUCGGUAUCAUCGCCUUGCUUAUCAUCAACUCUACAAUUAGUUUCAUUGAGGAAAACAAUGCAGGCAAUGCUGCUGCCGCUCUUAUGGCCGGUCUUGCACCUAAAACCAAGGUUUUGAGAAAUGGAAAAUGGAGUGAGCAGGAAGCAGCUAUCCUUGUUCCAGGAGAUUUGAUCAGUGUGAAAUUGGGGGAUAUUAUCCCGGCCGAUGCACGUCUCUUGGAAGGAGAUCCUUUAAAGAUUGAUCAGUCUGCCCUUACUGGUGAAUCCUUACCAGUAACGAAGCACCCUGGUCAAGAAGUUUUCUCUGGUUCUACCUGCAAACAAGGUGAAAUCGAAGCCGUGGUCAUUGCCACCGGUGUCCACACCUUCUUUGGCAAAGCUGCACAUCUUGUUGAUAGCACCAACCAAGUUGGUCACUUCCAAAAGGUUUUGACUUCCAUUGGUAAUUUCUGUAUCUGCUCCAUUGCCCUGGGUAUGGCCAUUGAGAUUGUGGUGAUGUACCCAAUCCAACACAGGAGGUACAGAGAAGGAAUUGACAAUUUGCUGGUGUUGCUCAUUGGAGGUAUUCCAAUUGCCAUGCCAACAGUUUUGUCUGUAACAAUGGCCAUUGGAUCACAUAGGCUAUCACAGCAAGGUGCCAUCACCAAGAGGAUGACAGCUAUUGAGGAGAUGGCUGGUAUGGAUGUUCUCUGCAGUGACAAGACUGGUACCCUUACCUUGAACAAGCUAACCGUCGACAAGCAAUUGAUCGAGGUGUUCGCCAAGAACAUGGACAAGGAUUCCGUUACCUUGUAUGCUGCCAGGGCCUCCAGAACCGAAAAUCAGGAUGCCAUUGAUGCUUCAAUUGUGAAUAUGUUGAGCGACCCCAAGGAGGCAAGAGCAGGAAUCACUGAGGUGCACUUCCUACCCUUCAAUCCUGUGGAUAAAAGAACUGCAAUUACCUAUGUUGAUGCCGAUGGCAACUGGCACAGAAGCAGCAAGGGUGCUCCUGAGCAAAUUAUUGAGCUUUGCAACCUUAAAGGAGAGACUUUGAAGAAGGCUCAUGCUAUCAUUGACGAUUUUGCCAACCGUGGCCUUCGUUCUCUUGGUGUUGCAAGACAGACUGUAUCAGAGAAGACUAAAGAGAGUGCAGGUGAACCAUGGGAAUUCGUUGGUUUGUUGCCUCUUUUUGAUCCUCCAAGACAUGACAGUGCAGAGACCAUCCGCAAAGCUCUUGAUCUUGGUGUCAACGUAAAAAUGAUCACUGGUGAUCAGCUAGCUAUCGGUAAAGAAACUGGUCGCAGGCUUGGUAUGGGCACCAACAUGUACCCCUCUUCCUCCCUCUUAGGCCAGUGCAAGGAUGAGUCAAUUGCUGGAAUCCCAGUUGAAGAGCUCAUUGAGAAGGCUGAUGGAUUUGCUGGAGUGUUCCCUGAACACAAAUAUGAAAUUGUGAAGAAGUUGCAGGAGAGGAAGCACAUUUGUGGAAUGACAGGAGAUGGUGUGAAUGAUGCUCCAGCACUGAAGAAGGCCGAUAUUGGUAUCGCUGUUGCUGAUGCAACAGAUGCUGCCAGGAGUGCGUCCGACAUUGUUUUGACUGAACCAGGACUUAGUGUGAUCGUGAGCGCUGUCUUGACAAGCAGAGCCAUCUUCCAGAGGAUGAAGAACUACACCAUCUAUGCAGUUUCGAUCACAAUCCGUAUUGUGUUCGGCUUCUUACUCAUCGCCCUCAUCUGGAAGUUCGACUUCUCUCCUUUCAUGGUCCUGAUCAUCGCCAUCUUGAAUGACGGAACCAUUAUGACUAUCUCCAAGGAUAGAGUCAAGCCAUCUCCUGUGCCUGAUUCAUGGAAGCUCAAAGAAAUUUUCGCCACUGGUGUUGUUCUAGGAGCCUACCUUGCGAUCAUGACAGUGGUGUUCUUUUACCUUGCAGCUGAUACUGAUUUCUUCUCCAAUGUAUUCAAGGUCAGAUCAAUCAGAGCUCACCCUGAUGAACUAACUGCUGCUCUUUACCUCCAAGUUAGCAUCAUCAGUCAGGCACUUAUCUUUGUCACUAGAUCAAGGAGUUGGUCAUUUGUUGAGCGCCCUGGUAUCUUGCUUCUGACUGCUUUCCUCAUUGCUCAGUUGUUGGCUACAUUGAUUGCUGUCUAUGCAACCUGGGCGUUUGCUAGGAUCCAAGGCGUUGGAUGGGGAUGGGCAGGAGUCAUCUGGAUUUACAGCGUUGUCACCUACUUCCCUCUUGAUGUACUCAAGUUCAUCAUUCGUUACGCAUUGACUGGCAAGGCUUGGGAUUCAAUGAUCCAGAACAAGACUGCUUUCACAACCAAGAAGGAUUACGGAAGGGGUGAGAGAGAAGCACAAUGGGCAAUGGCUCAACGUACACUUCACGGUCUUCAAACACCAGAAUCUAGUGCCUUGUUCAAUGAAAAGAACUACAGAGAAUUAUCUGAAAUCGCCGAGCAAGCAAAGCGAAGGGCUGAGGUUGCAAGGUCAAUGAUGCAGGCUGAGGGAGCUUCACACUCUUAAGGGCCAUGUUGAAUCAGUUGUGAAGCUAAAGGGACUGGACAUUGACACCAUCCAACAACAUUAUACAGUAUAAGAGAUCAUAAAGAACAAAGAUAGAGAGGAGGAGGACCUGAUUGCUUCCACACAAAAUUGAAGUAUGGACUCAAUAUAGGGAUCAAUCAGCAACAUUCUUUCCUACAUUAAAUUUUGUGAACUUUUGUACAAAAUUGUUGGAAUGUUGGAUAAAGAUGUGAUGAAGAACGGACAAAACAGGGCUCAUUUUAUCUCUACAUUGUAGAAGAAAAAAAAAUAAACUGCUUUGCUUUCCUUAUGAACCUACGUAUUCUGUAAAAAAAUUUCUAAAAAAAAAAGAGGGGAAAAAAAAAUUUUAUCCUAUCAUUUGAUUAUUAUAUAUAUUGAAGCUCUCAUCAGCUUAGCUGUAUAGAAUAUCAGAUGUGGUUCAUGAAAUGUGGAAAAAUGCAGCAUCUCUCAGUAGGGAUGAACCACACUAUCAUAAGCAUGAUGGUUGGUGCUGCAAUUUUGAUGUCAUUUUCUUUGAAUAAAUUGUUCUGACUUUAAUCAGAAAUUCAGAAUUAUGUGCUUUUAUACUGUUACUAUCUUCUAGCCAUAGUUUUUUUAUAAUUCUUCUACUCUUACUCUCAGGUGUUAAUAUCAUCGCAUCUUUU